CCCAGCUCCAAAUCCUUCUCUGCUUGUGUGUCAUCAGCGGCUCUUUGAGGCUCCAGGUGUUGCCCCACCUCGCUGAGGUGCAAUAUGGGAGAGAACGGCUCACAGAGGGGCUCCUGGUUCGUCCCCUCGUACAUCCACCCACUCUUCCUCUCCCGGCUGUCCCCCUCUGCGGACAUGGCCAUCGCUGUCUUCCUCACCUUCACAGUCGUUGCGUCAGUGCUGGGCAAUGGAGUGGCGUUGUUGGUCUACUGCAGGAGACGGAAGAAGCUCAGACCUCCAGAGCUCAUGAUCAUCAACCUGGCCCUCUGCGACUUCGGGUUCAGCCUUCUGGGAGGGCCAUUUUUCAUCAUUUCCAGCCUGUGUCACGCCUGGGUGUUUGGGGAGGCAGGGUGCCUUUGGUAUGGCAUUCAGGGCUUUGUGUUCGGCAUCGGCUCCCUGCUCACCACCUGUCUCAUUUCUCUGGACCGUUGCUUGAAGAUCUGCUGCUUAAGAUACGGUCAAUGGAUCGAGAGACGCCAUGUAACUCUGUCCAUAGUGCUGGUGUGGGUUUACACAUUGUUCUGGGCCUUACUGCCUGCUUUUGGCUUUGGAAGUUAUGGACCAGAACCUUAUGGGACAAGCUGCACCAUAAACUGGUGGAGCAUGAGAUCGUCUCUGUAUGACAGAAUCUACAUUUUCCUCAUCCUGAUAUUAUGCUUUGGAAUUCCAACACUCACCAUUGUCGCAUCAUAUUUGGCCAUCCUUCUGACGGUCCACAGAUCUAAACGCACUCUGGCGUCCAUCCCGUCCUCUUCUGUCACUCACACCGGCAAAGAACUCAAACUUACAAAAAUAGCUGCUGUGGUGUGCACCACCUUCCUCCUGGCCUGGAUGCCCUACGCUGCCGUGUCUCUGUUCUCCGCACUCGUUCCCAGAGAUGAUCAAGAGGCAUCUCUGCAGACUGUCGUGGCGGAGUCGACUGAAAUGACCCCGGGCUCUCCAAGGGCUCCGAAGAUCCUCGACAUCCCCUCACUGCUCAACUGGACCGCUGCCGAAUAUUACAGACAAAUCCACUACGGCCCCGAGGAAAAGUGGAGCAGUGUGAACAACAUUAAUUCCGUCACAGGCCUGAGCGACGCCACGUUCAGGUCCACCCUUGACAGAGAGGCCGCACCACUGAGCAAGAGCCCCCAGCCGUCCUCCUCCCUCCCCCCCGUGGUCACCUUGAUCCCCGUUUUGUUUGCCAAGUCCCACUGCAUGAUCAACCCGUUGAUCUACCAGAUCAUGAACAGGGAGUUCAGGAAUGACAUCUACGCGAUGCUUUUUGGAGAAGAGAAGGCGAAGAGAAGGCGAAUGCAGGGGAGGAAGGAAAGCUGUGACAGGAGCAUCAGCGUCUCAGACUGCCCCAGCUGGAAGAGGAGAAGGAGCCAUGUCCCUGUCUAUGGAAAGAAAAAACAGACAUCUGAAGAAGGAGAAGAACCGGGGAACAAGAGUGAAGGGGGAACAGACUCCUGAGGAGACGUUGGAGGAUAGUGGGGGGGGGGGUAAUGCGUUGGAUCUGCAGCAUCGGUGGACACAGAAGGAGAGAUCUGCAAUAUAUAUAGAAUAGAAUAUAGAAAUAUAAUAAUAACAUAUUUAUGAAAAUGUUCUUUCCUUGAUGUCUUAGCCCUGCACCAGAUUUGCUGCAACGGAUGUCGUUACCAUGACAAUUUCAAGAAAUGUUUGUACAAAUAGGGGUAUUUAUUCUUACUUUUUACUCCCUUAAUUGAACAUCUUCCAGGGUCUUUCCAUCAAAAGAUGAGUUAAUUAACAAAACAUCUAUUUACUUAUUUUUGUGAAGUGAAAUGUUUGAUGAAUAAAUUCCUGCCCGAUAGUCUUUGGGUCCAUUCCUUUUAUUGCAUGUAUUUUCCUGUCCCAUCUUUAACCCUUUACUGUUUAUGAGUAGAUGUAGUCUGCUGGCUGAACGCCUGCAUGCCCUUCUUCUCUUUGUUAACCUUUUCUUAAGUCUCCAUGCUUCCACUGGUAAGUCUGUGUUUACACCUGCAGUGAAUUGUUGGUUUUCCGUUGUGCAUUUCACUCCGUUAUGAACCUUCCUUAACAAAAGGGUAUUUUGACUGCAUGCGACAUGGUGACUGUAAUGCAAUUAAAUGACCCUAAAACACUUCCAAAACACAAUUAAAGUUGGACUUUCGGUUUUGGGGUGCAUAUGGCUGGUAAUUAAAACGUUUUCUUUUGUACUUGAAUAUUUGUAGUAUUAUUACUGUUUCAUUAAAUCAUCCAUGCUUGA